UCUAAAAAAAAUAUAAUCUAAAUUUCCAAAACCUCAGACACUGUACUAUGGUUUAAUUACCCAAUCUUUCUGCUUCAUAGUUUCAACGUUGAUUGUGACAGUUGAACAUCCGAUGAUGUAGUAAAACCGCCAUUAUGGUAGUGGCAUCAAUCCCAAAUCAGCCCCAUCAGUUCUCGAUACCGAAAGACAACCAUGGAAAAAACCCGGAAAUCGAUUUCGGUGUCAAGGAACAAGAAUGCAUCUCCCUCGUUAAAACAUGCAGGAGCAUGGAUGAAUUCAAGAAAGUCCAUGGAAAAAUCCUCAAGUUGGGAUUGUUUUGGAGCUCGUUUUGCGCGAGCAAUCUCCUCGCGACGUGUGCGCUCUCGGAAUGGGGGAGCAUGGAUUACGCGUGCUCGAUUUUCCGGCAGAUGGAUGAUCCGGAUUCGUUCGAGUUCAAUACCAUGAUCAGAGGGUACGUAAAGGAUAUGAACUCGGAAGAGGCGUUUUUCACAUAUCUUGAAAUGCUCGAAUUUGGGGUGGAGCCGGAUAACUUCACGUAUCCUCCUCUUCUCAAGGCGUGCUCGAUUUUAUCGGCAUUUGCGGAGGGAGCACAAAUUCAUGGGCAGAUUUACAAGAUGGGAUUUGUUGAAGAUGUGAUGGUGCAGAACAGUUUGAUCAACGUGUACGGAAAAUGCGGCAGAGUGAAGCGUUCUUGUGCGGUUUUCAGACGGAUGGAUCAUAAGACAAUUGCUUCUUGGAGUGCACUUAUUGCAGCACAUGCGAAUUUAGGCAUGUGGAAAGAGUGUCUGAGGUUGUUCUCCGACAUGAAUUGGGAGGGAAAAUGGAGAGCUGAGGAGAGUACUUUGGUGAGUGUACUUUCUGCUUGCACUCGUUUAGGUGUUCUCGAUUCUGGGAGAUGCACGCAUGGCUAUCUAAUUCGGAACUUGACUGGAUUCAACGUUGCAGUUCAAACUUCGUUAAUGGAUAUGUAUGUAAGAAGUGGGAGCCUGGAUAAAGGGAUGUCUCUGUUUCUAGAGAUGGGGGAGAAGAAGAAUCGCAAGUCUUACAGUGUGGUGAUCUCGGGGCUGGCAACUCACGGGCACGGCGAGGAAGCUCUGAAGGUGUUCGACGAAAUGCUCGAACGAGGAUUGAAGCCGGAUGAUGUUGCGUAUGUGGGCGUCUUGAGUGCUUGUAGCCACGCAGGAUUAGUCGAAGAGGGUAAGAAAUAUUUCGACAGAAUGAGAAUCGAGCAUCGGGUAGAGCCGACUAUCCAGCACUGCGGCUGCAUGGUUGAUCUCAUGGGUAGGGCCGGGUUGAUCCGUGAAGCUCUCGAGUUCAUCAAGAACAUGAAAAUCGAGCCGAACGAGGUUAUAUGGCGGAGCCUUCUCAGUUCUUGCAGGGUUCAUCAGAAUGUGGAGUUGGGGGAAUUAGCAGCUGAAAACCUGUUCAAAAUGAACACACGAAACGCAGGCGACUAUUUAAAUCUCUGUAAUAUAUACGCACAAGCUCGAAGAUGGGAAGAAAUGUCGAUUACCCGAGUUAAAAUGGCUAGUAAUGGGCUAGGCCAAGAGCCAGGAUCGAGCUCCGUUGAAGUCAAGAGAAAGGUUCAUAAAUUUGUCUCGAGCGAUACUUCUCAUUCUCAGUGUGACGAAAUAUAUGAGAUGCUUCACCAGAUGGAGUGGCAGUUGAAAUUCGAGGGAUAUUCUGCAGAUACUUCACAGGUGUUGUUUGAUGUUAGUGAGGAAGAGAAGAGGCAGAGGCUGAGUUCUCAUAGUCAGAAGCUGGCUAUUGCGUUUUCGCUGAUCAAUACAUCUGAGGGGAGUCCUGUAAGAAUAGUGAGAAACGUUAGGAUGUGUAGCGACUGUCACACGUACACUAAACUCAUUUCAACAAUUUACGAACGGGAAAUUAUUGUUAGGGAUCGGAAUAUAUUCCACCAUUUUAGAGAUGGAAACUGCUCUUGUAAAGACUACUGGUGAAUAUAUAUAUACGUUUCUUUUUCUUUUUCAA